GUUCACCGCACGUCCCCCCACCCCCUCCCUUCCCCACCAUCACUACCCUCCCCGCCCCCAGGGGAGACAGAGACACAGAGAGAGAGAGAGAGAGCGUCUACCCACACGCCAGGCACAUCAACAAGAGCGGCAGUCAUGGAGGCCGCGGCCGCCCUCUUGGCCUGGUUGCUGUGCGCAGCGACUGUGAGGUGGAGCGGGGCCACACUGGAGGAGGUGGCCGGGGCAGAUCUGUGCAGGAUUGACGAAGCCUCAUGCCACAUCGAGGAGGAAGUACUCCGCUUUGAAGCCAUUAUGAGUAUUCACAAACAGAUGGACGAUGAUGCGAAUGGAAAUGUUGAUGUGGAGGAGAGUGAUGAGUUUUUGCGAGAAGAUCUGAACUACCAAGAUGCAGCAGCAAAGCACAGCACGUUCCAUGGAGGGGACAAGCUGAUCAGCGUGGAGGACCUGUGGAAAUCAUGGAAAAGCUCAGAAGUAUUUAACUGGACAGGAGAGGAGGUGAUUGAGUGGCUCAUCAACUACGUUGAAUUACCGCAGUAUGAGGAGCACUUCAGAAAACUGCACAUAAAUGGACAUGAUAUGCCAAGGUUGGCUGUGAAUAACCUCACCCUAGCGUGCUCCUUACUCAAAGUGAAUGAUCGCAGUCAUCGGCAGAAGUUACAGCUGAAGGCUCUGGACACUGUACUGUUUGGACCACCCCUCCUGACUCGUCACAACCACCUCAAGGAUUUCAUGUUGGUGGUUUCCAUAGUGAUUGGUGUGGGUGGCUGCUGGUUUGCUUACAUCCAGAACCGUUAUUCCAAGGAGCACAUGAAGAAGAUGAUGAAAGAUCUGGAGGGGCUGCAGAAAGCAGAGCAGAGUCUGCACGACCUGCAGGAAAGGCUGCAGAAGGCCCAGGAGGAGCAUCGAUCGGUCGAGGUAGAGAAAGUCAAUCUCGAGCAGAAGCUUCGGGAUGAGAUCAAUGCAGCAAAGCAGGAAGCACAGCGCUUACGGGGACUGCGAGAAGGCACGGAGAAUGAUCUGAGUCGGCAAAAAUACGCGGAGGAAGAGUUGGAACAGGUACGAAUGGCCCUGAAGAAAGCAGAAAAGGAAUUGGAAUCACGUGGGAGCUGGUCCCCACCUGAAACACUUCAGAAAUGGCUGCAGCUGACUCAUGAGGUGGAAGUGCAGUAUUAUAAUAUCAAGAAGCAGAGUGCAGAGAGGCAGCUGAACAUUGCUAAAGAGGGGGCAGAAAAAAUAAAGAAGAAGAGAAACACGUUGUUUGGAACCUUUCAUGUGGCACACAGCUCCUCACUGGAUGAUGUUGAUCAUAAAAUACUAUCCGCAAAGCAAUCUCUGAGUGAGGUUACAGCAGCCUUACGUGAGCGGCUCCAUCGAUGGCAGCAGAUCGAGAUGCUGUGCAAAUUUCAAAUUGUCAAUAACCCCGGGAUCAGUGCCCUGCACUCCGUGCUGAAUGUGGAUCCAAGCUGGCUUGGACAGGCAAGGUCCACUCCCACACACUUCAUCCUCACUGAUGAUCUAGAUGAUAUGGAGGAGGAAUUGGUAACUCCAGUCACUCUCCAAUAUAUGGCAUGGUUAAUGGAUCAAAGAGUCAUUGAUCGCUCCAGGACACCCCUGGAUAAUCUUUCAAGAUGGAACUCCACUGCUUCCCUCAGCGUGCAUCCGUCUGUUCGCCAGCGUCAGGUUGACUCUCAGCACGCUGCUGGCUCCCAGAGGGAGUUAAACCGCUCUGAUUCCGAAUCCUCCAUUUCUCAAUCCAGUGAGCAGCAGCGUCUUCCCAACCCCUCAGGCUCUCCCAGUGCCCUCCUACACAGCUCUGGAUCCAGAUCCGUGCCAUCCAAGCCUACCUCCCUCCUCAAACUGACAGAAGAAAUCACUCCGAGCCUGAGUGUUGUGUCAGACUCCAAUGUCCCCAGCCCAAACAGCAGCGGCAGCAGCAAACAGGCCAACUCGCUGAGCAGCAUGUGUUCCGAGAGUAUCUCCGACAGUCCUGUGGCCGGCAGGAAACCUUACCCCAACCGGGGCCUGGAGAAGUCAGCCAGUCUGGGUGAGAUCCACCGCGGCACGGAGGGUUCGGCCCUCAGCCCCUCUGAAUCCUCACGCUCUCUCAGCCCCACAUCCACUGACCCUGAGUCCACCGUGACCGACGCCAAAAAUGGCAUCAAGGGCACCAAAAUCCCUCAGCUGUCCUCGAAAAAGUCUCCAGUAGAGGAGGACAGCACAUCAACAGGUGAGGAGACUGAACCCAACCCUGGCAAAAAGAAGCCAGGAUUUAAGCUGUUCAAGAAAAAGAACAAGUAAGUCAAGCCAGACUGGGGAGCCGGCCUUUUCCAAACACGAGGUCUGCAACAGAACUGAACUGAACUGAACUGAACUGAGAAGAAAGUAGAGACCCAGCACCACAGGGACUCUCAGUUUAACCUUUGGUCAAGCCUUUUACUAGAGCUGUUUGUCCCCAGAGAGUGGAUUUUAUUUAAUCUUAUUUAUUUUACAGACUGGUGUUCCUCAUUUCUAUGCCUUUCCCAAGUCGAUGAACGAGGGAAGCUGUGAGGAGCCUCCUGCUUUUCGGGACAUCUCUUUGUAUCCUGCUGCAUGCCUCCUCUCCCAGUGCCUGAGCUGUAUCAGGGCAGCAUGCACUCGCAAUGCUUCUGCAAAAAAAAAGAAAAACACAAGAAUCAAAUAUUUUAUAAGGUUUCUGUGGCAGGUUUAAAAACCUUAAGGUUUGAAGAUGUAGAGAAUGUUGAUGUAUCUUCUCCAAAGAUCUGAGCUACAAAGCUUGUAAAUGACUUGGUAUGUUUGUACCUUUUAAUAAGUGACUGGGGAUGGGAGUCACAUUUAUCAUGGAGAUCAGUGCUUUCCUUUCUGUCUAUUUUCUAAUGUUGGUUUGCCAGUGAAUGGCUUGUACAAGCCAUGGUUGUGUGCAGUCACACUUGGAUGAAUAGUCGGUCUCUGAUUAAAAGAGGAUGUGUAGAGUUGGGGAUGCUGGGGCUGAUCAUUGAUUGUGCACUGUAUUUUUAAACAGAUUGAUCUGCCCAAGUAAAGCCUCGGACAAAGUGGCUGACCCAGCCUGCUGCAGUCAGAGAACACAUCAAGUUCCAUUACCCCCGCAACCACCCCCACCCACCAACCACCCACCCCCCACCCACCGUGCUGAUGGCCCACUCUAAGAAACCUUAGGCCCAGCCUAAAAACAACACAAGCUGUGCCUUCACUCUUUCUAGCCCUUACUGCUCCCUCUCUAAUCCUCACCCUGUCGUUAAUCUCAUUCUCACCCAUUCUCUUUUCUAGCCAUCACUCCCUCAGUGGGAUUACUCUCUCAAACUCUGUGUUAUUAAUCUCACUGUAACCCUCAAUGCUAUCACUCCUACUCUGUCACUGCUGUUAAUCUCAUUCUAAUGCCCUCAUUCCAUUCUAAUAAGCUCUGACCCUGUCUCCCUGAAUAAUGUUAAUUUAAGCACUUUGAAGCUAUUAGCUGACUGAAUCUCUUGAAUAUCCCUUGUUUGUGACCAUCCCCGAUAGACACAAGUUGUGGGGCUGUUGUGUGCUUUUCUGUUUUCCUGGCAGCUGCUGGUUUCUGGUCAUCUGGCCCUGGCAGGUUGUGCACCAGAUCUCCAAGUUCUGUCAUGGAAUUAGUUUCUGUUCCUGAAACCGUACUCAUUAAUUUAAAAUGAGUCUGCUGUGACUGAACCGAAUUCAGAAUGCAGAUAUUGUUUGCCUGAGCUUAGCAAUUAGCUGAAAGAUUCUGGUUCGUGUCGAGAACCUUAGUAGAGAAGCUGUAGCCUCUAGUCAUGUCUCACUGUGACAUUACAAUCUUCAGGACUCCAGGCUGGACGUAAAACCAUGAGUGGCACUCACUUUUACCAAAGUUUGUCUUUGAUCUGAGCCUUUAGUGUUUCUGGGUCUAGGCUGAUUGUGUUAACCCUGAUGUGUGAACCUGUAUCUGUGUGUGUUACACUACCAGGGCUACAGCAGUUACAGGGUGGUGUCAGUGUAGACAGUACCCCUGUUUUGGGUAUGCGUAGUCUGUCCUGGCCUGUCUUUGGGGAUUAUUCUGUCUCUUGAGGCUGUGGAGUUUCAACUCUUUGUUCAUCGAUGAGCUGAAAAACUGACGCUGAGCUUCUGAAAGUCUCCACAUUCCGAGACCUGUUCAGAAGGUUGGUUUGAACUCAACCUGACUUAGAACUAGGUGUUUCUGAUCAUGUAUAGAGUUUUUGAAUUUAACUUGUGUGUGCAGGAUGAUUUUGAGAAUGUGACAGACAGGAAAAUUCAUUGUAGUGCAGCGUAAGAAACUGAGUGGGAGUGCAUUGAGCUCUGUCCAUGUAAACUGAGAAAACUGUGUGUCUCUGUGCGUGUGUGUGUCUGUGCGUGUAGAACGGUGAUGGUAGAGUUCAGCUAAUAUACCCUGUGUGCGUUUUAUUGAGUUUUGUCAAGCUUGUUCUUGAAGAAACCUCAGUGACUAGCUCAGGCUGCUGUUUGAACAGCGGUCAGUGCAGUGACCAGCUCGGACUGCUGACCUGAUGAUGUUAGUUCUAGAGACACUGCUAGGAAUAUAUCCUGAGUAAUGACUCUCAGUUGGCUGUUGGUCAUUCAGUGACCAGAAAUGCUGGAUUAGUAUUUCAUCUUUGUGCCAAUCCUGUUCACUGUUGGGAAGUGUAAUUCUGUGUAACACUGUAAUGGAGUGGGUGCAGCUUUUGGAAAACACAUUCAGCCUUUGUGGAUGGGAGUAUUUACAUUGCUGUGCCCAACAGUCAACCUCACUCUCCCUCACUCUCGCUCCCUCCCUCACUCUCGCUCCCUCCCUCACCCUCGCUCCCUCCCUCACCCUCGCUCCCUCCCUCACUCUCGCUCCCUCACCCUGACAGGUCACUGAUAAACCAGGGGUGGUCAGCCUCUGUCAGUAUCUGUUAGCUUUGUAUCAGUGCACACUGUGUGGCUCUGACUGUAUAUGUACUGUCCUCGAUAACAGUAAGUGCUAACCUAGCAUCCCAGCCUAGUCUGUAAACCCGCACCCCCACCACCCCUCUCCCCAGCUCUCUCUGUCUCCCCUCCAAGCCUGGUCUAUCUUCCCCUAACCCCUCUCCCCAGCCCGCUCUGUCACCCCCCAACUCUUCCCUCCCCACCCCAAGUCCCCUUUGACCAAGCCUAGGGCUGCUCAGUGGUCACCAUUUCCUUUGCUGAGUGUUUAAUGAAGUAAUAAGGGCAGUGAUGACCACCAUCUGGUCCCUCAUGCAAACUGUGCAUCUCUCCCCCACUGUGCUGGCCUUUCCCCUCUCCCUCCCAUAUGGAAUACUCCCCACUCCACCCAUCCCAUUGCCUCCUGUCCCGUGCUGUCUGUUUCCCCCACACAGUCUCCCCUGCCCCAUGCUGUUCCCCCUGCUCCUGGCUGGCUCAGCGAUGUUAGAAAAAAAUGCAGAGACUCUCCUCAGUGUUUGGGGAGGUUGUGUGGGUUGUUUGUUUUCUGUCCCGUUCUCCCUGUGUGUCUGUGCUGUUAGGAAGGUUGAAGCUGCUUGUAAAUAGCAUUAGUGAUGAGAAAUUGCUGGCCAUGAUUUCUGUGUGAACUCUCCCCCACUAUGAGCUGAUCAUUGGUAUGUUGUUUGUCUGUGCUCAGUGUGGCAUGCCUAUGUUUCCAGGGGCCUUCCUUUUUACUGCAGUGAUGCUGUGUGUAAUUUUACAGGCUGAUCAAACCAACCGGCUUCUCAACAAUCAACUUUGUUUUGUUUUAUAAAGGGAAAGUAGUUUUUUUUGUAGAUAAUGAUGAAUUUUAUUCUGGGUUCAGUGUUGGGUAAAAGGACACUGUGUACAAUUAAUGUGGAUUGGGUUGAAAUGAGCUGGCCAGCUUCAGUAUGUCUCUGUUAGCAAAUCCCUGUAUGUACUGGUACCAUCUGAAAAACUAACCUUCACUCACUUCGAGAUGUAGUUUUAGUUCCGGUAUUGUUCCCGUUCUGGGAGUGUUUGAUGGGGACGGUGUAGAGGGAAUUUUACUCUGUAUCUGACCCCGUGCUGUCCCUGUCUGGGAGUGUUUGAUGCUAACUUCAGUGUGCUGAACACACACACGUACAAAACUGUUACAGCACAGUCAGAGAUCCCUGGGUUUUGAACAUGUUCAGGGUCUGUCUCAAAAUACAAGGUUGUUCAUCUGAGAGCCUUCCGCAGCUCCAGAGGCAUCAUCAGGUGAUUGUACUGGCCUUUUUUCUGAUGCGUGCUGGGUAAGUGAAGACAGUAUUUACUGAAGCUCCAACUGUUACUGUGAAUCAAGCAGAUUUGUUAAUAUCUCAGUGAUGCACGCUGUAUCAGCCUAUCUACCCCCCUUUCCCUCCUCACCCCCACCUUUCGGUAUUGCAUGUUUGGGGAGCAUGCGAACCUCAGUAUAGUCCAUGCUAUUCCUUCCUUACUGCUGUCUGCAGGUUUGAGCUUGGCUGUCUGUGCUGUCCCUGGCUGCAAGGACUGCAUUACUAUGAUGUGGAAGGCCCUGUACACUGGCAAAGGACACAGCCAAUUGCUCAGAAGUGCGCAAGGCCUGAGUGAGGAGUUUAUGAAUCACUGGAUUGUGGAGAUCCCACAAGGGCCUUUGCUCAGGCCCAGGGCUGUGAUUUCUCAGUGGGUUUCUCUCGGCAUUGCUCUCCUGCAGGGAGUUCUUUGUAUCUCUUGCUGCAGUGAGCUUUCAGGUUUACAAGUGCUGAUGCUUUGUCAGUGCAUUUGCUUCUGAAGUGUGGCUGCAGUGGUGAGGGUGGGGAUUUUACCCCUGGUUGGGUGAAGUGUGGGGUUUGGUAGGGGCCUGUUCAUGAGGAUUGUGUGUGAAGAUGCAUUUGGGGACUUCUACCUUGGCUGAUGUUUGCACAGCCUUGCUGUCACCCAAUCUUCAUAUCUGUGUUCAAUUUCCCCUGUGCUGUUUGUUAUGAAGAGAAAAGAAAGUCUUUGUAAAAUGAAAUAAAAGUAUAAUGUAAAGUUCUGAAACUAAUGUACGAAAUCUUUCACUUUUAUGGCAGCAAAUGCAUGGAAGCAAUAAAUUGAUCAAAUGUGAA